AGUAAGAACAACUUCAAUCGAAAAAAAUGUCUGGACGUGGAAAGACCGGUGGCAAAGCCAGAGCGAAGGCCAAGACCCGCUCAUCCCGUGCGGGGCUUCAGUUCCCAGUGGGCCGUGUUCACAGGCUGUUGAGGAAAGGAAACUACGCCGAGCGCGUCGGUGCCGGAGCUCCAGUCUAUCUGGCGGCGGUGCUCGAAUAUCUGACCGCUGAGAUCCUGGAGUUGGCUGGAAACGCUGCCCGUGAUAACAAGAAGACUAGGAUCAUCCCCCGUCAUCUGCAGCUGGCCGUCCGCAACGACGAGGAGCUCAACAAGCUGCUCGGUGGAGUCACCAUCGCUCAGGGUGGUGUUCUCCCUAACAUCCAAGCUGUCCUGCUGCCCAAGAAGACCGAGAAAGCAGCUAAGGCCAAGUAAACCUCUACAACUUCAAAACUAAAAACCCAACGGCUCUUUUAAGAGCCACACACAUCUAUCUCAAGAGUAAAAUUCUGAAAGUACUUUGGGUGUAUUUUAAGUGUGAAGUCACAAUUUUAAUAGUUUAACAAUUAAAGUCUGAUUAAAUAAAUAUGAAUCCUUAAGAGAAUUUUGCUUCAGAUAUUCUUUAUAAAAAAAUGUGUAAAGGCUGGAGGCAAAAUUUCUGUUUAUUAAAGUAGAAGACAUU